AUGCGGGAAAAGAUGAACCAAGGUGAUGUCAAACUAAACCAAGAAGCAGAAAGAUUACGAAAAUUAGCUGUCACGGGCGUUGCCUUUUCGGUGAUCGCGGCAUUUGUCUGUAUUCUCACGGUUCCGAUUGUGUAUAAUUACGUGCAAAGUCUUCACAGUGUACUACAGAACGAGUUGGAUUAUUGUAAGUCUCGUUCAACAUCAUUAUGGCAACAAGUCUCAAGGACUCAACGGGCUCAUGGCGAAACCCGGCGUGCCAAACGCGACUACUUAGGAUAUUCGGAUGCGGAUGUGGAGUUGGAGCCCCAGGAGCCACGGGUACACCCGGAAGGGAUGGUGUUGAUGGAACAGAUGGAAUACCCGGAGAGGACGGCAGCCACGGAG